GGUGUGUUUGAUAAUUAUAGUGACCGUGCAUAUUCGUCAAUCAACUUGUAGAAGGAACAUUUCGUUAUGGAUGUGAUGAAGUUUUGUUUGGUUUUGUGUGUUGUAGUAGCGACUACUUACGCACGUUGCAACUUUCCUCCUAGGUUGUGGUGUUCCAGCAAGGAAAUCGCAAAGUCGUGUCACGUUUUCCAACAGUGUAAGGAAUGGAAUACUCCCGUACAGAUGGCGCCACCAGUCAACUUCACUCUGUAUUACGAGUCCCUGUGUCCCGAUUGUAAACACUUCAUGACGACAAUGCUCUACCGAGUUUUCCAACAAAUCGGCCACAUCAUGAAUCUGUCACUUGUUCCGUACGGCAAUGCAAGGGAAACAAAAGAAGGCAAUCACUGGAAGUUUGAAUGUCAGCACGGGAAACAGGAGUGUGUGGGUAAUGUCAUAGAGACCUGUGCUAUUCGUCUGGUGAACAACAUACCGAAAGUGUUUGGAUUUAUUCACUGCAUGGAGAAGAGUAUCAAACUGCCCCUACAUGCUGCCAAGCAGUGUGCGAAGAUGUAUCCCAAUAUUCCACUGAACAAAGUUUUAUUGUGCGCCAACGGAACACAGGGAAAUGAAUGGGAACACCAGAUGGCGCUUCAGACUCAAGCUUUACAACCUCCUCAUCAAUACGUACCUUGGGUUACUUUAAAUGGAAUUCACACAGAAGAAAUUCAAAAUGAAGCAGAAAAAGAUCUACUGAAGUUAAUUUGUGACACGUAUACUGGCACUAAACCUUCAGCCUGUCAUCAGAAAGAGUCCAUUAGAAGAUGCCAGAAUAAAUAAUGACCUUCAGCCUGUCAACAGAAAGAGUCCAUUAGAAGAUAUCAGAA